GUUUAGCUGCUUCCUCCUUUUGCCUCUGGACCACAUGCUCACGAAAUACAAGCACAACCAUUGUACUUGGCUUGCUGCAGAUAGAAUUUAGGAGUCUAAGCUAUACUGUACUGCAGCCUCUGGGGCGGCGCUGCUGCUCCGUUCUCGGUAAAAUCACAGCGACUGGCGCCUGCGCACAACCCCUCUUAUCUGCUGGGGCUGAAUAGCGGCCCAAGAAAAGAAUAAUGCAAGGUGCGCGGCAGCUCAUGAAGGUGUACGUGACAAGAAGAAUUCCACAAGAUGGAAGGAAGGUGCUGACACAGGCCCAGGCUGGAGUGUGCAAGGUGUCCGUGUGGGACUCUGAAGAGCCUGUGCCCAGGGCGGAGCUUUUGAAGGGCGUGUCUGGAGCCCACGGGCUGCUGUGUCUUUAUACGGAUCGCAUCGACACCGAGGUGUUAGAUGCAGCAGGGCCCAACUUGAAGGUGAUCAGCACUUUUUCUGUGGGCUUUGACCACCUAGCCAUCGAUGAAAUCAAGAAACGUGGGGUGCGAGUGGGGUACACUCCGGAUGUGCUCUCCGAUGCCACAGCGGACCUGUCCGUCGCCCUUCUGCUAGCCACCGCGCGCCGGCUACCAGAGGGGGUGCAAGAGGUCAAGAGUGGUGGCUGGAGCACAUGGAAGCCCCUGUGGCUGUGUGGCUACGGUUUGACUGGCAGCACAGUCGGUAUCAUCGGCCUCGGGCGCAUAGGUCUGGCCAUCGCCCGUCGUCUGAAGCCUUUCGGAGUGAAGAGGCUGCUGUACUCCGGGCGGUCCGUCAAGCCCCAGGCCGCAGAGGUGGAGGGAGAGCACGUGCCCCUGGAUACGCUGGCAUCUGAGAGCGACUUUGUUGUGGUGUCCUGUUCCCUCAACCCCGAUUCCAAGGGGCUGUGUGACAAGGCCGUCUUCAGUAAGAUGAAGAGCACCGCAGUCUUCAUCAACACCGGCAGAGGGAGUGUGGUGAACCAGGAGGACCUGUACGAGGCUCUGUCCAGCGGUCAGAUCGCCGCGGCUGGCCUGGACGUCACCACGCCCGAGCCCCUGCCCACUGACCAUCCGCUGCUGUCUCUCAAAAACUGUGUGGUCCUCCCCCACAUUGGCAGUGCCACCUACUCCACCCAGGGAAUAAUGGCAGCGCUGUCAGCCAACAACCUGCUGGCGGGGGUGAUGGGAACAGCCAUGCCCAGCGAGCUUAUACUCUAGCGCCCUCUUCUGUCCACUGACUACCUAGCAGUGUUCUUCAUAGAAUUUCAUUUUUCCUGUUCAUGGGACUCGGAGCUUGGAGGAACUUGUGCUCAAGGCAGGGAUGACAGAAGUGGGGGCGAGUCAGUCCCCCUGAUCUGAACAAGGGAGCAGCUUUCCAGCUAUUAGUUUCACCUAUUGAUAUGAGGUUACAAAUUAAAAAUAUUUUUUUUGAGCACA